AUGGCCUUCUACUACCUCGCAAGCAUGCAACGCAUGGCUCUUUCCAAAUUUGCGUCUUACGCUUUCUUCACUCCUGCCUCUGUAUUCAGCCAUGGACAGCCGUCCCAACAUAGCAUUCGCGACCUUCUCUCCCCUCAGCGCGGAAAGGCGGCACCCACAGCCAAGGGUACACAGGACGCAGUGCCAUUCUUUGAUCAAGACAGGCACGAUGUUUUCCCAGAUAGAUCAGCAAACCUCCCUAUAGACUUCUUCACGCCUACCCCAGACCUUGCCAAAGGUUAUCCCACCCCCGAAGAGAGGAGCAGACGCGCACGUGCUGAUGCGGAGAAAAAGCGCCAGCGCCACAAAGAGGAAGUUCAGCAGUCACUGGAAGCGAGCAGGAACGCGAAGCUGUUGGCAAAGGAAGAGGAUAGGAGAUGGCAGCAACAGCUGUUCACGCUGUCCAAGGCUGAGAAGAAGAAGUUGAAGGAAGAGAAGGGAAAAGAGAGGGCGAAUAAAAAAAAGUGA